AUGAGCAAGAAUAAGGGAUCAGCUGGUAUUCGACUACAAUCGGUGGGGUCAUGCACUGAAAAUUACAUAGAAUUUCAGGAUCUGAAACUACAAAGUCUGCAGGAGAAAUCCGAUUAUUUGCCACUGGAAAACUUCAUGUUAAGCACUUGUCCACCAAUGUUUAGAGAUUAUCGAAGCUACGUUUUGAUAAUAUACUGUUUGAAUCAAGUAGAGCUGGUCACAGAUUUGCAGGACUCUACAAAAUGUCGUUACUCAUUGCAAAUAUUCAAAGAUUGCCAACUGAGUUCCUUGGUUCAGAAGGACUUCGUACAUUAUUUCAACUUCAGCAAAAAUAAAGAGAAAGAUGAUGGCGAUGAUAGUGAUAUCACCCUGACUAAUGUAGCCAAUAAUCAUUUAAUAAGGAUGUCUAUUAUUCCCAAAGUCUGCGCCUUCGACAAACACAGCUCCAAAACUUAUAAGUUGAUUUUGGAAUAUGUAAAUCGGUUUGAAACAGUCUUAACCAAGUUUUCCCCGGAAAAGGAUUAUAUUAAGGUAUUUUUUAACUGGCUCAAACUCAUUGAGUCAUUCACGGAACUAAUUUUCCAUGACUUACUGAUCAAGUGGCAACAAUGGUUGGAAUUAACUCAACCAGGUAGCAGGGUUCAACUGAGUAUCCCCAUCGUUUUGAAAGAACUCAUAGGGAAGCUCACACAAAAGUACUUUACUUUUCAAAACUCAAACAACAAUUCGGUCGAUGCAUUCACAACACUAUUACUUGAUAAAAAUUCCUUGAAUCUCCUAGAUCUUUCCAGCGAAGCCCAGAAAUACAAAUUAAAUUUCGGAUUAUGGCUGGACUGCCAGAACGGUAUUUUAAUUUUCACUAAUGGCAUUAUCCGUAUGUCAGAUGAGAUUACGGAUGAACGACUGAAAUCAUUCGUUAAGCCAGCGCAUGUUUUGGUAUUGGAAGAUCAUCCUAGCGAUGAAAUCGUGAAGAAACUAAUGUUUUUCGUUUUUUCUGCAAUAUUGCAUUGUUUUGCUGAUGAGGUUUUGGAAUGUUAA